AUGAACAAUCAAAUUUGUUUACCUUAUGAACUUCUUCGAUUACACGAAUCUCCAAUAGAAAGUUUUUUCUUUGUUUGGAUAUUUCCUUGGCUUUUUUUAUUGGGAGUUUUGGGUAAUUGUUUAAAUCUUUUGGUUCUUUUAGGGCCUAAAUGGUCUCUUCGAAGAGCAGAUUCUUUACUUCAAGCUUUGGCUAUUUGUGAUAUUAUUUUCCUUUUUCUACUCCUCCCUUCUUCACUUGCCCAAUUCGACCAAUUUGGUCAACAAAAACAUUUUAGAGUUUUUUAUUUGUCUUUACGUGUUCAUUUAAUUGGUUUUGCUAAUUGGUGUUCUGCUGUUGCUAUUUGGUUAAUUAUUGCAAUAAGCACAGAUCGUUUACUUGGUAUUCGCUCACUUCGAAGGCAUAGACACGGAAAUAGUACUGGACGUUUAGUUUUUUGUAUUGUUUUUAUUAGUGGAUUGCUUACUUCUUACAACCAUUUCUCUUACCAUUGUGUUUUAAAAUGGUUAUGUAAUGGAGGGCAAGUUGUUGGGAAAUGUUUUGAUAUUUUACAAGAAAGUUGGCCUGGAAAUCAUACAAACAAAACACCCCAUCCUUUACGUGCUUAUGUUCGUUUAAGUUUAGCAGCAAAUGCUCUUUUAGUUGUUUUGUUACCAGUUUUGUUAAUGUUUUUAUUAAAUGCUGGUUUACUCUAUAUUGUUAAAAGACGUUCAUUUUCUCAAACAACAGUUACUAAAAAUUGUGGAGAUUCUAUUAAUAGAAGGCCUGUAAAUACUAGAUGUUUUAGUCAACAAGCAGCAGAACAACGUUUAACUGUUUCAAUAGCAGCAAUAGUUUCUGCAUUUACUUUAACACAAGGCCCUUCAGCUUUAGUUUUAUUAGCCAGACUUUCUUUAGUUGGAAGUAAUACAAACAAUAAUUAUUGGGAAGGUUGGGCAUUACUUGGAUCUUUGACUGGAUUUUUAGUUAUUUUGGGUAAAUCUCUAAAUUGUAUUUUACUUUGUCUUUCUUCUGCUUCUUUUCGAAAACGUUUAGCCUUAAAACUUGGAGAAAACAAAAUUUUGAAUAUUAAAAGAAAAAGUUCUGGAUGUUCGGCAACUAGAAUUAUAAUUGCAACAAAUCACCAAAAUUUAAAUAAUUUUUGUUUUAAUGAUAGAAAACAACAAAUUUUGAAUAAACCUAGAUCAAUUAAAAAUCGUUCACAUUCAUUACCUUAA